GAUCACCAGAGAACUGUUCAAGUCUGAAUGCACGUACGCACUUCUUCAACUUGGCACUUCUCCUGCUUCUCUUCGUCACUUUUAGAUAUAACACUGACAGUAUUGUGGAAGGGCGCAUUUUGGUAAUGAGUUUGCACCUGAUGUAAAGCACGUCCCAAUUGUCAAGCAGUACUCCAGCAAGCGCGUGUGCAGGGUGCCCUUUUAGAUCCAACUGAAGGAAGCAAAGCUUGUUGAGAAACACUGCGGCGCUCUACUUCGCUGGUGGUGAUCUUCUUUCACAAUCGAUUGCAAGCAACCACAGUGACCUCAUUUGGGAGUAACUGACCUGGUUUGCAACCAUUUUCUCCAGUCUGCUAGGUUGUUAUUAGUAAAAACCAACCAGUUUCUUCAAACUGCUGAAUGGUGAUUUUCCAAACUAAGCGGUCCCUCUAAUCUACUAGAUUGUGAUUGUAAUAGGAAGCAAUGAGUGAUCCAGGGGCCACAGGCUCCGCGACAACACCUGGGAGUCCAAAUUACCAGUGCAAGUUUACUCUCAAGGGCCAUGAGCGGGCCGUCUCCAGCGUGAAGUUUUCGCCAGAUGGAAAGUGGCUUGCUAGCGCAUCUGCAGACAAGACCAUCCGAAUCUGGGACUGUGAAACAGGCGCUGAGCACGCGGUUCUGCGGGGCCAUUCUGAGGGCAUCUCGGACGUUGCCUGGUCGUCCGACUCCAGAUUCAUUUGCUCUGCUUCGGACGACAAAACGCUGCGGCUUUGGGAUGUGGAGAAAAAGGAGACCAUCAAGACGCUCAAGGGGCACACCAAUUACGUCUUCUGCUGCAACUUCAACCCCCAGUCCAACCAGGUUGUCUCGGGCUCAUUUGACGAGACUGUCAGGCUGUGGGAUGUGAAGACUGGCAAGUGUCUGAAGGAGCUUCCUGCGCACUCUGACCCUGUGACAGCAGUCCAGUUCAAUCAGGACGGGUCGCUCAUAGUGUCCUCCAGCUACGACGGCCUUUGUCGGGUGUGGGAUACGAGCACGGGGCAUUGCCUGAAGACCAUCAUCGACGAGUCGAACCCGCCCGUGUCGUUCGUCAAGUUCUCUCCGAAUGGCAAGUUCAUCUUGGCUGGCACGCUCGACGGACUCCUGCGUUUAUGGGACUACAGCCAAGGCAAGUGCUUGAAAACAUACUCGGGGCACCAGAACUCCAAAUACUGCGUGUUUGCGACUUUCUCCGUCACGAAGGGCAAGUAUAUUGUCAGUGGAUCAGAAGAUAACAUGGUGUACAUCUGGGACCUUCGAAGUCGGCAAAUCGUCCAAAAGCUGACGGGGCAUACGGAUAUGGUUCUUGCGGUUGCGUGUCACCCAUCGAAGAGUAUGAUUGCAUCGGGAGCGCUGGAUAUCGAUAAGACGGUCAGGAUUUGGGUGGGGCAAGAGGACGGGGAUAUAGUCAAGAGUUCCCAAGUGGAUACACAAUAGCCGGAGACGGCAAGGGCCGCUCCUCAAACGUCCAAGCUGCAUAAACUCUAACUUGCUUCGGAGCGCCCUGUCCAUAUGGCCACUCUAGCGGUUGUUUUUGGCAAGAACCUCUGUAAUAUCCAUGUCGACAGUCAGCUACAGUAGCUGUAGGUCUCCUCUGAGAUGAGGUUAGUAAGGGGUGCCCACAUUUCCUGUAUGGUAGAAUAAGUUGUCCCUGAAACUAGCAACAGUUGUAAAAUGACCUUUUGUAGGGUCAACUGCAUUCGAAGAUCCACUGCAUUGUAUCCAGCCUGCCUCAAUUGAUCAAUGCAAUAUCUGCAAUCGAGUUCACGAGGUUUGUGUUCAACAAGCCUCUUAGCCAAGUCCAUACCUUAGCUAACUUAAAGAACUGGAGAAAAGCAAGGCAGGGUCUGGAAACGACGUAUGUAUACGGU